AAUAAUUUACGGUAUAAAAAGAUUUACAGCCGAGAGGGCUAACUCGUUGGAGCACACAAGCAAUUACAAAUCCAGCUAGAUACAACUUUUGGCACAAGCGGAGCGCAGCGCACAACCCUCGAAUACGCUCCUUGAGCCCUCUUGCUUCUUUUUUUUUUUAUCCCGGGUGACAAUUAAUUUAUGUGCUCCAAAUCAAGUUAGAGCGCACUCCGUUGAAAUGCGAGCAGUAGCAUAAAGACCUUGCACCUUCGAGAGAGGGGACAGAGACAUAUUUAGUGUUUGACAGUGUCAGACAGUGAGCGGGGAACAGCAGAGGAGCACCUGUCUUCGCGGCAUGUUCUUGGAAAGCAGCUAAAACCGAGACGCAUCAUCGGUCUAGUCCGGGGACAGAAGCCUAAACAAAUGGGCGCUGCCAGCGUGGACCUGCUGGUCACCCUCCAGAUCCUGCCGGGUUUCUUCUCCAACUGCCUGUUCCUCGCGCUCUACGACUCGGUGGUGCUGGUGAAGCGCGUGGUGUCGUUGCUGAGCUGCCCUGGCGGCGGCGGGGGAGAGUGGCAGCGCAUGCUGACCUCGGCGGGGCUCCGUUCCAUAUGGAACAGCUUUCUGCUGGACGCAUACAAACAGGUGAAACUUGGCAGUGAGGCACCCAACUCCAAAGUGGUGAAGGUUCCUGGUAGCGGUGGUAACCAUGGUGUCCGGCGGAGGAGCAGUGUGACCACCACCACGGCCCGUCAUCCUGGAGACGAGUGCCGCCUGCUGGACUUCGAGUCAUCAGAGCGCCCUCUUGUGGUGAACUUCGGUUCGGCCACCUGACCCCCAUUCAUCAGCCACCUACCCGCCUUCCGGCGGCUGGUGGAGGAGUUCUCUAACGUGGCUGACUUUCUGCUGGUCUACAUCGACGAGGCGCACCCCUCAGAUGGCUGGGUGGCACCCACCAUGGGCCCAUGCUCCUUCGAGGUUAGGAAGCACCGGUCGCUGGAGGAGAGGGUGGUGGCGGCCAUGAAACUGACUGAGGCCUUCAGCCUUCCGCCUCAGUGCCAGCUGGUGGCUGACUGCAUGGACAACAAUGCUAACGUAGCCUACGGCGUGUCCUACGAGAGGGUGUGCAUCGUGCAGAGAAGGAAGAUUGCCUACCUGGGUGGGAAAGGACCCUUCUUCUACAACCUGAAGGAUGUGAGGCAGUAUCUGGAACAGAGAUAUGGCAAGAGAUAGGGGGCAGACAGACAGAGAGGACGAGUUCAGUGACAACUGAAUGGCUGAUAAGAGAAAGACAGAAUAUUUAUUUUCAUAUAUAAGGAGAAUAAAAGGAAGGCGAGGUGCUUUCGGAACUGAUCUGUUCUGACCACGAAUGACAGGCAAUGCUCGGAUCUGAUCUGUUCUGACCACGAAUGACAGGCAAUGGUCGGAUCUGAUCUGUUCUGACCACGAAUGACAGGCAAUGCUCGGAUCUGAUCUGUUCUGACCACGAAUGACAGGCAAUGCUCGGAACUGAUCUGUUCUGACCACGAAUGACAGGCAAUGCUCGGAACAGAACAUGUGACAGGUUCUAAAAUUCCCAGGUUCCACAACUCUGGAACUUCCUUUCUGGAAGGAGACCAACAUUCCAUAAAACUUUUCACUGGAGCACAAUAGAACAGAACCAAUAGACUUUAGAACAUGGACUGAUGCUCUGCUACCUAUGACAGUGAGUUGACUGAAAGAAGAAACUGAAUAGGUUGACCCGUGACACGCUUUAUCAAUAACUUCAUCCCCAGUUGCGAAUAAUCUAAACGUUUUCUAGUUACAGUACACAUUAUCUUCUAACCUGGCUCCUUUCAAAACGAAAACCAAAUUACUGCACAGAGAAGAAAGCACAAGUG